AUGGUUUUUGAGAUGUUGAUUAGUCACCGACUAAGCACCAAGUCGUUUUCUCAAAAUCAGGGCGACUCGCGACAGUUCGCCCCUCCCCCAUAUUAUCCCCUGCUCCUCUUCCCCCUUUCUCGCCACAGCAGAUCGGAAUCGGAGGUCCUCGGUCAUCCGAUCCACCCGCCCCAGCCAGGUCGUACUCCGCCUCCUCCUCAUCAUCAUCUACGGGAUUCUGCUCGCUGCCUCUAUCGCGACCUUCUCCUCCGUGCCCCAGGCCGCGCGAACGCUGUUCCCCUCCUCACCGACGGGAUCUCAACCGCCGGCCUCACCCGCGAGAGCGCCGCCACCUACCUUAGAGGGAACGGCGCCACCGGCCGCAAGAUCAUCACAGGUUAUUGGGUCAAUGUUAGGCCCCGGGCGGCGAUUUCAUAUGAGCGAAAUAUGAAAUCAAUAGGACACCUACGAGACUGGUUCUGAAAAACAGUAAGUUAAAGGAUGAGAGGCAACGCGGUGCUUAACGAUGGGGUGCUGGGGCGGAAGCAAUUGGAUACUCUGAGCUGGAGCAGAUGGUAUGCGGUGCUCGACGACCACACGCCGGAGUGCGAGGGAUGAGCCAGAUGCUGGAGCAGAGACGAUGUCGGAUCACGGCCGUGGCGACUGAUCAGCUGGAUCACGGCGCAGACGAUGGACUAGUUUAGCAGAAUUCAAAUUCAUGUAUCAAGGGUAGAAAUGUCCAGUCAUUUCAUUUGCUUGUCCGCUUUACUUUGUUGCAUUAUCACGGGCAGUUUAGUCUUGGCACUUAAUUAGGAUGGCUAAAUUAUAUUUGAGUUUCAUUUGAUGGAUAUUUACUGUGAGAAUUAUGAUUUUUAUGAAUCUACAUAUUAUAUGUA